AUGGAGGAAGAUCUAUCCUUUAAGCUUGAAUCAUUCCAUAUGUCGAAUAAGGAGGUGGCAAUAAUCUCAAUUGACUUGGAGCCCCCGAAGCCGCCGCCGCAGUCUCCUCCGGCAGCGCUCUUCGCGGCGAAGGUGAUGGACCGAAAGGAGCUGGCCGGCCGGAACAAGGAGGGGCGGGCGAGGACGGAGAAGGAGAUCCUUGAAAUGCUGGAUCACCCAUUUCUGCCGACGCUCUACGCCGCCGUUGACUCGCCCAAGUGGUCGUGCCUCCUCACGGAGUUCUGCCCCGGCGGAGAUCUCCACGUCCUCCGCCAGCGUCAGCCCUGCAAACGCUUCCCGGACUCCGCCGUCAGAUUCUACGCGUCGGAAGUCGUAGUAGCCCUAGAGUACCUCCACAUGCUGGGCGUCGUGUACCGUGACCUCAAGCCCGAGAACGUGCUCGUCCGCUCGGAUGGCCACAUCAUGCUUACCGACUUCGAUCUCUCCCUUAGGUGUGACGACUCAUCCUCGACUCCGGCCCAGCUCAUCCCCACUCAGGGCCAGCCCAACGGGCUUCAAACCAAUGGGCCCAGGCCUGAUGCGCCCGCUUUCAGCCAGGCCUCGUGCAUCCUCCCAAGCUGCAUUGUCCCUGCAAUGUCGUGCUUCCACCCGAGGCGGGCCCGGAGGAAGAAGGCGGGCCGGAGGCACGCGGGGCCAGAGUUCGUGGCCGAGCCUGUGGACGUCCGGUCCAUGUCGUUCGUCGGGACCCACGAGUACCUGGCACCAGAGAUUGUCUCGGGAGAGGGCCACGGGAGCGCGGUCGACUGGUGGACGUUGGGCGUGUUCAUCUUCGAGCUCUUCUAUGGGGUGACCCCAUUUCGCGGGCCCGACCACGAGGUGACUCUGGCGAACAUCGUGGCCCGGGCCCUGGAGUUCCCGAAGGAGCCCGUGAUCCCGGGCCCGGCGAAGGACCUGAUAUCGCAGCUGCUGACAAAGGACCCGGGGAGGCGGCUGGGGUCCACGAUGGGGGCGUCGGCGGUCAAGCACCACCCAUUCUUUCAAGGGGUGAAUUGGGCGCUGUUGAGGUGCGCGUCCCCACCGUACGUGCCUGCGCCCUUCAAUAGGGAUGUUUUGUCUGAUGAGAGCUGUCCGGAUACUCCUGUGGAUUAUUAUUAG